AUGAUCAAAACACCGUUCUAUGGAACUGACGUUGGUGAUCGUGUUCAAUUACAGAAGGUCCUACUUUUAGGAUCAUCAGACUUUACUAUUAUCGGUCGACCAAUUUUACCAGUGCAUCAGGUGUAUGUUGAGGCUGUAGUGAUUGAAAAAACUCUUGAACACCCUAAAGUUUGGUACCAGUUCCAUCGUCGUCGUAGACACCACAAACUGCGAGAUGUAUAAAUAUUGAAAAAUUGUAUGAAAAUAUUCUCAAGAACCAUUAUUGCUUCCAGCAGAAUUUUCUCCAUAAGAGUCACAGUUCCUCGCCAAAUAUUUUAUGAAAUUCUGUGGUUAUUGGUAACAUGCAAGGUUUAGAUUGUUGCUUCAUGGUUUCUCAUUUGUUUCUUUUCCAAGGAGUAGAAAUAAGCUAAAUGGUCGGUGCUUAUUAUUGAUUUAUCAAUAUGAUCAUGGAGCUGAACUAUGCAAUCACAAAGUACUGUGCAUAAUAUAAGUAUGUAGGAAGCAUUCUAGCAUGCUUCCUAGGCUGAAACCUACAAAUAUACGUUUUGUAUCGUCAUGCAUUGUCAAGCCCAAAUGGAUUAUUCUAGCUUCUGGAUAGACCUGUAGUGAC